AUGGCGACGAGAAGGCGUACUUUACUCAAGGUCAUUGUCCUCGGCGAUAGCGGGGUUGGUAAGACUUCCUUGAUGAAUCAAUAUGUGCAUAAGAAGUUUAGUCUGCAGUACAAAGCGACUAUUGGUGCUGAUUUCGUAACGAAGGAGCUUCAGAUUGGGGAAAAGCUUGUUACUUUACAGAUUUGGGAUACUGCUGGACAAGAAAGAUUCCAGAGUCUUGGUGCUGCGUUUUACAGAGGCGCGGAUUGUUGUGCCCUGGUUUAUGAUGUUAACGUGUUGAAGUCCUUUGACUCUCUCGAGAAUUGGCAUGAGGAGUUUCUUAAACAGGCAAGUCCAUCGGAUCCAAAGACAUUUCCGUUUAUAGUGCUUGGAAACAAGGUUGACAUAGAUGGAGGGAGCAGUAGAGUGGUCUCUGAGAAGAAAGCAGCUGACUGGUGUGCUUCAAAUGGUAACAUACCCUAUUUCGAGACAUCAGCAAAAGAAGACUUCAACGUUGAUGAGGCAUUCUUUACCAUUGCCAAAACAGCUCUUGCAAACGAGCAUGAACAGGAUAUAUACUUCCAAGGCAUACCAGAAGCUGUGACUGAGAACGAGCCAAAAGGGGGUGGUUGCGCUUGCUAA